CUCAACUUUGAACUUCCAAAGCACUUUCAGCGGACUAGCCAUCGUUCGUUCUGGCGUUUUCUUCCAAAUCAUCUAAUUUCUCGCAUGGCUGCGUCGACAAUAUGCAAUUCACAUGCACAGCGUCACUUGUCAAACCGGCGCCUCGCUAAGUCGCGUCUUGCGACGCGUAGUUGACAGUUCAUCGCACAUAGGAAUGAUCAAAGAUGGACAUUCAUACCGGGUUGCCUAAAGCAUCACACCCGAGACGACCGGGGCAGGAGAAUCGAAUUCCUUAUGAUGGAGCAAAUCAACGUCUGAGCGACUACCCGCAAGGGUCAGCGUCAGCACCCCAUCAGAAACGGAAUUCGAACACCUUCUCGACCACCUUCAACGGCAAUGAGAUCGAUCCCAUUGUCUUGAGCGACUCUGAAGAUGAAGCGGCCGGAAAGAAACGCAACCGUAAAGUUGACAUAGAUUUGACACAUGAAAUUGUGCGUGAUCAUUCCUUCAACCCAUGGCGCCAGACGAACCAGAUGUCACCAAAUUCCUUUGCAUCUACGCAAACUACACCGUCACUACGAGCAACGCAAAAUCCGCUGCAAAGAGGCAACGAGCAGGCUUCACUUUCCCGACCCAUGCCCACCGCAAAUGCCUUCUUUGAGGCCGUUCACCUCGGACCACGGCCAUAUAAUGCAUUGCUCGCAGCAAUGCGCGAUCCUGUUACGCGCGAACAAGACGUCGAUGCGCGGAGUCGGACGCCUCAGACCCGUGCGAGCGGCGACGUCGAAACACGGACAGGAUCCACAAGUGCCUCGAUUCCUGGUGGACCUCGUCUCGAGACACCAACAUCUUCUCCCAGAUACUCUCCCGUUCGACAAGGAUCUCGCGAAGAUCUACGUCGUGGACCAACACAGGCUAAUUUAGGAAGCCCUUCAACCACUCUCAACCAAACUUUUGCACCUAUAAUUAAUCAGACACUGCAAAAUUCGGUGAGGCGCACACUACAGAGCAUUUCCAACCAAGGUCUUCCGGACUCGACCGAGGACAAUCUAGAAGAGGAGCCCCAAAACGCCUCAACAGACGCGGUGAACGAUUUGCAGCGAAAAAUCAUCGAGCGGCGAAAUAUCGUCGAGCGAAAUAUCAUCGCCCGCAGCUCGUCGAGCACAACGAGUCAUGUUGUCCAGAAUGAACCCAACAGUGGAUCUAAAACUCUGGCUUGUAUUAACUGCAAUCGUGUCAAAUCAAAGUGCGAUGGGUUGUCACCUUGCACCGCUUGCAGACAACGUGGAGAUUUAUGCUCUUAUGCAGCUAGGCAUUCGCCUGACUUACGUCGGUCGAAGAUAGUGUCUCUGAAUCUGCCACGGUCAAAUAACACUGUCGCUCCAUCCAGUGCGCAGACUUCUCCUCCAAUAUGCGAGGCUUUGUCAAGCAAAGAGAGAACCAAUCCUCUUACACGAAACUUCGAGGCAACCGCUCCCAACACCAUGCAGCACGAUACCGAAGGCCCAGGCGUGCGGCAAAGAGAACCAUUAUUCAGGGAUUCCGAACGCGAUAAUGUGCCUGAUCAAGCACAAGUGCUAGGUAGGCAGGCCCAAGAGAUCAAUGCAGCCGACCUUAGACCUCAGGCGACACCCGACGGUCACGGACAAGUCAGUGGCCAUGACACCAUACUUGAGGACGAGAGUUACACAUCUGAUGAAUCCAGUGGUUCUAUGGAAACAGCUCGCGUUGAACCUAAGAUUGAGACAAUCAAAGCCAUUCUGGAGGAUUUGCGAAAAGACCUGCACUCAUGGCGUGAGAAAUCAGUGCAGGCCGAUUUGAGACAGGCGUUAGUGGACACAAGAAUGCACUCCGGUCCAAAGACGGAGUCAGUGGCAGCGGAUCCGUUCGCAGCUCUCACUAAGCAAAGAAGAUCUGCCAGUGAAGCCGAAUUAGCGGCAUUUGCUAAACCUCAGAGUAAGAAACUGCAGGUGAUUCCGACUGACGAGACAUCCUUUUACACCGGCGGGACAAUGCUUCCAAAGUAUAAGGCCAUUGGAAGAGUGUCGGCCAGUUUGCUGGCGCCGGGCUAUCGAACCGCCAAAUACAGACCAUACGAUGCAGAAGAUGAAAUACAAGAUCCCGAAUUUACCGAAAAGUAUGCAGAGCGCGAGCAGAGGUUCAAAAACAACUACGAUAGUCUGUUGGCUCAGCGAAACUGCCAGGAGCAGGUCUGGCUCUGGAAGCCGUGGGCGGAGGAAUUGUUCUCGUAUCUCAGGAUAAAGGCCAGUGAUGUGCUGUAUUACUUCACUGUAGGGCACUUUGAUCCCGAUCGUGAAGUCACCGGAGAUUGGUCAGACUUGUGGGAAGCAGAGCAAAGGAACAAGUGCAGAACCUGUGGGCUUGCUGAUCCGGAGAGUCGAUGCAUGCAUUUCAGUGAGACGUUCAGAAGUCUACCAAAGCCAGAUGAUCACAGUUUGGUGCUUGCAGGACUGGCCGCCUAUGCUUUUCAUGAGGAGACCGGAGUCAGUCUAUGGCAUGUGGCCGCGGGUGGACUUCUACAGCCACGUUAUGACGACCCCAAAGCGGAACGCAGCAAAGACCUUAGCCUCUGCGUCAUAUGCUUCCGCCAUCAAUGCCCCGAACAUGGUUCAUACGAGGAACCUGCCGAUGAAGAUCAUGGAGUUAAGGACUCCGAAGAAUUCACCGCCUUUAUCAACGACGAAGAGCGAGACCACAACUUACGGAAAUUCACUACCCUCCCCGUUCGGGAGAAGGUCAAGACCGACCUACAUGUUUGUGGGCUCUUCUGCGUCGAACCAUCCUUGACACUGGGACAAAUACUGGGUCGACAAGCAGAUGGCAGUAUUGGUGGUGACAGUCGUGCAGUUGUCCAGAGCCGGCAUAUCUUGGACGAUGAUGAUCUUUGCGGUCCAUCCUGUUUCUGGGAUGCCACCAAAAGGCGCAAUAUCAAGAUAUUGGACCUUCAGUUCCAACCAUUUCAAUCACAGUCUCAAAAACUUGUGGUUGAUAAAGGGCUACAAUUCUAUCUUAACAACAAGCGGGGACCGUGCCUCAUUGCACAGAUUGUCAAGGAUGUCGGUUGCAUGAAGAUCUUUGAAUACAUGGUUUGGCGCCUAACGCGCAAAGCUCACCUGAGCGUGGAUGGGGAGGUAAUGUCUGACAGUAGUAAUGCUCAGCGACUCUCGAACCAUCCAGGUAUGCGCAAGAGGAAGAAGCCGCCACCGAACAUUGACACUUCAAGAAGCGCCGAACUGGACCUCCGGGAAGCCUUUGUACCGUGUUCUCAUGACGGGCCGUGCUACAACAAUCCAGCAUGUUCCUGCUCGAAGAGCAAGAUACAUUGCGAGCGAAUGUGCGGAUGUGGUGAUUCUUGCAAACGACGCUUCCGCGGAUGUACGUGCACCAUGCGUGGAAACAAAAUCUGUUUCAAGGACAGUCGAUGUGACUGUUGGACGCACAACCGUGAGUGCGAUCCAUUCUUGUGCGGCAAAUGUGGCGUGCUCGAAGUGUUGGAUUCAUAUAAUAAGUACAACGAGGACAUUCGAAAGGGCCGUUGCAAGAACAACCGGAUUCAGCUUGGCCUACCGGCACCCACCACCAAAGCACCCAGUCAAGUACAAGGUUAUGGCCUCUACAGCAGAGCCGAGAUUGCGGCCGGUGAUUUUAUCGGCGAGUAUACCGGCGAGAUUAUCAGCAUCAAUGAAGGUGAUCGACGAGGAGCAAUGUAUCAUGUGUUGAACCAAGAGUAUCUCUUCAUCAUCAACAAAGGGCAAGAAAUCGAUGCCUCAAACCAUGGCAACAAGAUGAGGUUUAUGAACAACUCCCAGCUGGACGAAUACAUCAAUGUUGAACCCAAGAAGCUAUGGUGCAAUGGAGUGGUGCGACUAGGACUUUUCGCUAAGCGAUUGAUCAAAGCCGGCGAGGAACUUCUGUACAACUACAACUAUCCAGAGUCGGUGACGAAGAAUUUCUGGGAACCCGGCGAAAGACCAGCCAAUGCCAGGAGGCUGAUUCCCAUGGCAUCUGAACGCAUUGCCAGGACAACAGGAGCCAACAAAUUGACCGAGGAACAGGCGAACCAGAUCCGAGAGGACAGCAGUCAAUCUCCAUUGUUGACUCGCCAUCCGAAGCGCAAGAGGCCCAUGCAGGAAAGCCCUCGAACCUCAUACCGCACUAGAAAUGCGACCAUGGACGGCGUUGGCGACAGCUCUGCAGAUGAGCGAGCGCAAGUUCCAGAAGCCCCCGAAAUCGGGGAUUCUGAGGAUUCGGACUACGAAAGUAAUAGCCAAAUGUCGGACGACGUAGGCGAGGUUGACGAGGACUCAGACGAUGAAUCCGAACCUGAAUCUACGGAGCGCUUGCCGACGAGAACGAGAGGCUAUGCGCGUGGUCAUAAGUCACAGAAUACUCACGAGGCCACCAGGCCCGGGACACAAGCAGGCAGGGACCGAUCCGGACGGAGGCCGGGCCAAAGGGAUUCGCAAACGUUUGAGAAUAGACGGGACCGCGCAGGCACAGUUCAGAUGGUGAAGGCUCGUAAAAGAAAGAUUGGGCCGCAUGAUAAGAGGUUUGGUGGAAGAGCACAGCAGCUGGCCUGGCAAACCAGAAGAAAGAAUGAAAGUCGAGAACGCGGCAGUGGUGAUGGCAGUGGAGAGCUUUAAGGCUCCGAUGGUCCAGAGCUGGCAUUUCCGGUCGGUCGCAGUGGCCCAUUGACGUGCAUACUUUUAAUUCGCCAUGGGACGGGGCAGCUCCCCUGAUCGUCAUCAAUGGUGGGAGAAAAUCUGCGAGAGUCUUGCUGGCGGGACUGGACCUUUGCUGCGUUGAUCACUAGGCUGUGCAGAUGUCACCGAUCGCACUGAGAUGUUCAGCUUGUGUGUACACGGGUGCGUGCGCUAUCCCCAGGACUCCAUUCUCUAGUAGAAAUUCGAGGUCGACUAUGGAUGCAUGUGGAAUCUGAGUUUGAAUUGGCUCUUCCGUCGUCU